UCGGUUGCAGCGGUUUGCCAACGCCCUUAUGUACUUGAGACAGCUAUAUAGCAAGAAUUUGCGACAAGUUUAAAUGACCAUUGAGCAGCUUGGCAUAAAGGGUUUUAGCCCAAACCAUUCUCUAAAUAACAUAGGCGUCUACAGGAAUUUUGUCUAAUUUUCCACAGAAUGCAAGCUGGGCUGCAUUUAAAUCGAAGCAAGCAUAAAGGAGUCAACGGAAUCUACGGAUCAGAAGUCUCUAAAAGUGUUUAUUAAGGUACCGUAAGAAACCUUAAAAAUGAUCCCAAGACGUCAUAAAUAUAACAUUUAUGCUAUAUCGGUUUGUACCGCUGUGUUCCUGUGGUUUUAUAUGACAUGGCAACGUGAUGAUAUUUACGGUGUAAAUCUGUAUGACUCAACUCAAACCCCUGCUUCGGGAGUACCGUCAAGAGAUAUCAUGUCAAGAUGUGUUGCUAACAUAGCAGCUGACCCUUCUGUUGAUUCCAAGGCAAAGUUUUAUUCCGUCUGGAAUGACUCAGUAAAUGGCGAACAGUUCAAUGUAGAUUUGACGAAGACAGUCGUUUUCUGGACCAAAAUGUGGAAAAAACAUUUAAACGUGUACAUGCCAGGAAAGGAAGGCAAGUUGUGCCCCACGCUGCCACAGUGUACAUUUACGACAAACGCAGAAAAUAUUCGCACGGCCGAUGCUGUUAUCUUUGAAAACAGUCAACUUCCACUGACGUACCAGAUGUCAGAAAUGCCACAAACACGUUUUCAACACCAAUAUUGGAUCUGGCUCAUUUCUGAAUGCCCCAAUUAUCUUAAAAUAAAUUUGAACUCUUAUAGCGCUGUCUUCAAUUGGACUAUUACAUACAGACCUGACUCCGACGUGUCCGGCGCCUGGGGAUCUCAACAUUUGGUGUACAAGAGACUCAAGGGUGCUGAUCUUGAUCCCAAUACAGACUAUUCUUUAGGAAAAACCAAGCUUGCCGUCUGGUUUAUCAGUAAAUGUUCAUCGAGAGCUCAUCGUAUUCUGUAUGCCCAGGAAUUACUCAAGCAUAUACAUGUUGAUAUUUUUGGUAAAUGUGGAAGGAUUGUCUGUGACAAACAAGACUUCCAAUGCACAGUGAGACAUAUUAGGCAAUAUAAGUUCUACCUUGCGUUUGAAAACAUGAAGUGUAAACAAUAUAUAACGGAAAAAUUUUGGCGACAUGCUCUUGGUAAUAAUGUUGUUCCAGUUGUGCUGGGAGCCCCCAAAAAAGACUACGAAUACUUGACUCCUCCAAACUCCUUUAUACACGUGGAUGACUUUGAAUCACCAAAGUCUUUAGCUAAUUAUCUAAAACUACUUGACACGGACACAGAGAUGUACAAUCAAUACUUUAAAUGGAAGACUAACCCUCCUAAAACUAUCCCGUUGGAUGAUGGAGUCUGGUGCAACUUAUGUAGAAAGCUCUUGGGGAUAUGCCCCAAUACCAGAAAGAUGUAUACUAACUUAGAUAAAUGGUACAGAGGUGAGAACAAUGAUGAGUGCGAACCAGUUAAAAAUGGUACAUAUCAGGAGGUACAUUUUGAUACUGAUGAUUAUGACCAUUAACGCUUUCACUACAAGGAAUCCCCCCCCAAAAAAAAAUCACUGGUGUCUACAUAAAUCAUCACUAACUACCAACGUUAUAAUUUCUACACACAGCACAAAAUAUGUAUUUCGACAUCAUUUCGCAAUUACUGUAAAGGUAAUUAAGUUCGGAGGGAUUUAAUUUUACGGUGGCGGAAAAAGUACAUUUCGCGUUGGUUUUACGUUCGAGGUAACGCAACGCACUGUAGUCCCUUACUGCCA